GAAGAAGGUGGUACAUAGAACAGCUACAGCUGAUGACAAAAAACUUCAGAGUUCUCUAAAAAAACUGGCUGUGAAUAAUAUAGCUGGUAUUGAAGAGGUCUUGCCUGAAAUUUAGAAGCCCCUUUCUUCCCCUUCCUUUCUGGUGCUGUCUGUCAGUGGUGGUGAUCACCUCUGAGGAAGAAAAGCCCACUUCCACUGACCAUGGAGAACACUCAGCAUCUCUGCUUGAUUGUGACAAGGGCAGUUUUUGGAUGGAUCAUGAACUGCUUCUAAAGUAGCCAAGAGUUAACUCUCCUAACCUUUUUUAUAAUAAGCAUGUUACCACCAAGGUGAACAUGAUUAAAGAUGAUGGAACGGUUAUUCAUUUCAAUAAUCCCAAAGUCCAGGCUUCCCUUUCUGCUAACACCUUUGCAAUUACCGGCCAUGCAGAAGCUAAACCCAUCACAGAAAUGCUUCCUGGAAUAUUAAGUCAGCUUGGUGCUGACAGCUUAACAAGUCUUAGGAAGUUAGCUGAACAGUUCCCUCGGCAAGUGUUGGAUAGCAAAGCACCAAAACCAGAAGACAUCGAUGAGGAGGAUGAUGAUGUUCCAGAUCUCGUAGAAAAUUUUGAUGAGGCAUCAAAGAAUGAAGCUAACUAAAAUCUUUUCUGGUUUUUGGAAGCUGGCAUGGACUAGAUUUAACAAAUCAGCUAUGUGGUUCCAAAGUUUUACAGACACGGAGAACAUCAACUGUUACUAGUUCAGUAAUAUAAAUAUUUUGUAUAUUAACAAUGCUGUUUGUUCAGCAUUUUUUGGUCAUUUGAUUUUGCAUUUUGCACUUCCUCCCAGGAUCUAUUCUUUUGGUCAAAAUACGAAGUGUCGGUGCAGUUUGAAGGUGUUUUGGUUUUUAGAGUCUUGGUUUUUUUGUUGGAGUAUUUUUGGUGUGUAUGUGUAUGUACGUGUGUGGGUACGUGUGUAUAAAGUGGAGAGCAAAUUGGAAAACAGUUCUAUUUAUCCUCCUUACCCCAGUAGAAAUAAAGCAAAUCUUUACAUUU